AUGGGUGCAGUCCUUGGCGGGCGGAUCGGCUACGUGUUGUUUUAUAACUUCGAUGUCUUUGCGUCUGACCCGUUAUACCUGCUGCGCAUGUGGGAAGGCGGCAUGUCUUUUCAUGGUGGGCUGAUCGGUUCUAUCUGCGGCGUUGGUCUGCUGGCGCGCAAGACCCAGCGACGCUGGAUUGAUGUGUUGGAUUUUCUCGCGCCGCUCACUCCUAUUGGCCUUGGUUUCGGACGCCUCGCUAAUUUCAUUAACGGCGAGUUACCGGGUCGGGUGACUGACAGCGCCUUUGGCCUGAUUUACCCCUGCCAGAAUGUCAUCGCCCUGAACCCUCAAUGUGUGGGCCAGUGGGAAGGUGUGGCACGCCAUCCAUCACCUCUGUAUCAGGCGUUUACUGAAGGUCUACUGCUGUUCCUGCUGGUCUGGUUUGUCUCCGCUAAACCGAAACCCGCCGGUUUUGUCGCUGGCGUGUUCCUCAUGGGUUACGGCACUUUCCGCUUCUGCACUGAGUUUUUCCGUUCACCAGAUGCACACAUUGGUUUUGUCCUGUUCGAAUGGCUCAGCAUGGGGCAGAUGUUAUCGAUCCCGAUGGUGAUCGCUGGUAUUCUGUUAGUGGUCUGGUCACGCGAUCGAACCGGUACCGGGACAUACAGCAUUUUUGGUCACCAGAUGCGCUUCGAUCUGAACGAAGGUUUCCCCCUGGUGACCACCAAGAAAGUGUUCAUGCGCCUCAUUAUCCAUGAGCUGCUGUGGUUUUUAUCCGGCUCCACCAACAUCAAAUAUCUGACAGAAAACAACGUUCACAUCUGGGACGAGUGGGCUGACGAAAACGGCGAGCUGGGUCCGGUAUACGGAUCACAGUGGCGAUCUUGGCCAACACCGGACGGCACGACCAUUGAUCAGAUUGAACAGGUGGUCAACAGCAUUAAAGAGAAUCCGGACAGUCGGCGACAUAUUGUCAGUGCAUGGAAUGUGGCUGAGGUGAACAAUAUGGCAUUACCGCCCUGUCAUACCCUUUUUCAGUUUUAUGUGGCGGACAAUAAACUUUCCUGCCAGCUGUACCAGCGCAGCGCAGAUAUAUUUCUGGGUGUGCCUUUCAACAUAGCGUCGUAUGCAUUGCUGACCAUGAUGAUUGCUCAGGUUACGGACCUGGAACUGGGCGAUUUUGUACAUACCUUUGGCGAUGCUCACCUGUAUGCCAAUCAUCUCGAACAGGCGGAUCAGCAGCUGCAGCGCAGCCCAAUGCCGUUACCCACGCUGAUGUUGAACCCCGAGGUAAAAGAUAUUUUCAGUUUUCAAUUAGACGAUUUUAAGCUGGAAAACUAUCAGAGCCACGGCGUCAUCAAAGCACCCAUCGCGGUAUAA